CAGAAACCAGGAAUCUGACGUAGCUCAACCGCCGUUAGCGUGAUCUGCAGCAAGCGACGUCAGUGACAUCUACCAUAAACACACAUUUUGCCCAGGCUUUCGUUCGCAUUCUCGUAUCACUAAAACCAUGGUUUCGAAAACGCCUACACAGGCGACUACCUCAACCGACGCCGAAGACCUCAGCACACCUCUAAAGAGCGUGCUCAACUUCCGAGAUGUUGGCGAGUCUGUCAGUAGAGCCUCAGGAAGAAAGCAUUUGAAGACGAGGCUACUGUACCGAGGGGCGCGACCAGCAGACGAGGCAACAGUACGCGACAGAGAAAGGCUUGUAAACGAAUAUGGGGUCAGGAGCAUCAUUGAUCUUCGAACAAAGACUGAACACAUCGAACAAGCUCAGAAGCGGGACGCCAAAAUCAAGGCAUCUGCUGCAGUUCCUCAGUCCAACGAUGAUGUUGCUGGGCCGCUGAAGAUGCCGGAGGUCGUCUAUCACGAGAUCAACUUCAACGGCUCAGCGUUCUCGCGUAUGCUCAUCUCCAAGCUCACAUGGAUGGAGUUCUUCCGGCUGGUCGGACUCAUGAUCUUUGGAUACCGUCUCGAUGCAAUCAAGAUCCUUUCACCGCAUAUGGAGGAGAUGGGCCUCGUUGGUCUGGCGAAGAACUCAAUAGACGUCUGCACCAAGGAGGUGAGGCAGGUCUUCGAUGUAUUCGCAGACGAUAGGAACUGGCCAGUGAUGGUCCACUGCACACAAGGCAAGGACCGAACGGGCUUGAUUGUGAUGCUCAUCUUGUGGCUGACCCAAGUUGACGACGAGGUUAUCGAGGAGGAUUACUUGCUUUCGGAGCCCGAGCUUGCGCCAGAGAAGGAGUCUCGAAUGAAAGAGAUCGGCGCGAUUGGCCUGUCUGAGCAAUUUGCUGUAUGCCCGCCAGGCCUAGUAAAAGAGGUCCAUUCGCACAUUCAGGAGAAGUACGGCGGCGUUGAGAGGUACCUACUGGAGAAAGUUGGGGUUAGCAGCGAAACGCUAGAGAACGUGAAGAGGAGGAUGCUGGCAGCUGAUUCGUAGAGAGCCACGCGUCCGCGUUGGUGUAACACCGAGAUUCAACCUUCGAACCUGGUCUCAAUCGCAGAUGUUCAGAUUGCGCACUCAAGAAACGCUGGAUAUCGC